GGCAGGAAGGUAGGGACAGCAUGCAUUGGAAGGCGGACCAGCUAGCAACGGGAACAGCUAGGUAUCUCCAGGUUCCUUGAGAGGAUGUACCCUAGGGCCUAGGUGUUUCAGCCGCUUGGAAAAUUAGCCAAACCGCUAUCGAUUUGAAAGAGGCUUGGCACAGCGACCGUUUACGGCUUGGCACAGGGAGCGGACGUCGUAACGGCAUCCUCUAUCAGCAACUUCUCAGCGGGGGCAUCUUCUUUGCCCCCGCUGCCAGAGAAGAAGCCCUAAACCCGUGCAUCUAUAGACCGAUCUGAGCAGCAUCAAGCACAGGCUGGCUCAAUGUACCCUGAGCUUUGACUUCAAUAAGGAGGAGCUCAUGACUUCCUCAGUAGCCAGCGGUCUCUCUGCGGUGUAGUUUAUGACCAGACCAGAUGUUGGAAGCAGGAGCCUCUCUGAGCAGCCUGCCAGGAUGUGAGGAGCAUGAGAGGUUCCUUGUGGAGCCGGCAAACCCUGGUUGUGGGCUACCCAUUGAGGUUGGUGCUUCCCCAAUCGUCCUCGGCCGCCAGCACUGCUGGACGUCCAAAGCGCGCGAGAAGAAAUGCAGCAGGAGGCAGGCGGUGCUGUCCGUUAGCCGAGGCCGCCUCCACAUCGAGUGCGCCGGGCAGAACCCAGUGCACAUCACCAAAAGGACUGCAAGCGUCCUGGGACAAGAGGGGCAAAGAACUUUCCGCUUGAAGACUGGGCAAUGCCAGGAGCUUUUACCCGGGGACUGCUUCGCCCUCGUCGCGGGGGGGUGCCUCCUCAGAGUCGUCCAGCAACGUCCAAACCGAGUUCCGGUCAGGGGUCCAAAUGCACAUCCGGACGCAGGACGCUCUGACGAGCCACUGCGCGAGAGGUGCCCACAUGAGGAAAUCGGACUGGGGUGUCCGAACGGGGUGCUUGAUGGGGGGUGUCCGAAUGGAGUAUUCAACGGGGUGUGUCCGAACGGGAUACUGGCAGGGGGGUGUCCGAACGGGGUAGUGGAUACGGUGUAUUCGGUUGGCGCGCGGGCGGGGGAUGGUCGGGAGCUUUGCGACUCGAGGUCUCCGGCCACCCUCCGCUCUGAGGGGUCGAAGCGCGUGCUUGCAGCGGCCCGGGAAGCAGCGGGGUGCGUGGAGAGAGAGGCCCGCUGCUCUGGGGGGGUAAGCGGAAACGAUGCGGAACCGGCGCCGGCCGGCAAGGAAACAGUUUUUGGGGGGGUGGGGGAGGUUGACGGAAGGGCGACGAAAGGGCUCGACGAGGAACGUUCAGCAGCUUCAGAGUCGCCCCCGGCCAGAAAGGUCGGUACGAGAGGUCGGGAGGUCGUACCAGGCACCCCGGAGGACUCAGAAGAGGCGGCUCUUGGGCGUGCGAUUGGGCGGGGAAGCCAGCGGCGGAGUGGGACACAAGUUGCCCGGGCACUUCGACCGAGCAUUGACCAGCAAGGACCGUGCGAGGCUUCCAUCCCGGGGCACAAUGAACCGAGCGGACGUCCGCCCGAAAACGCAAUUCCGACGCAGGGAACGGCGAAGGAGUUUCUCGGGAAACGAUUGGGCGCUGAUGCGGGGCUGGCUGCAGUGAACAGUGCCCCUCAGCAGAAUCUUCCGGGCGCUGACCAGGCUUUCGCUGAACAACCUGCCCCUCUAACUAGAAGCCCGCAAAGCCUGGAGGAGAACCGCUGCUCUGUCCCUGGUGCUCGGGAAGAUUCGACGGAUUGCAAAGCGGAGGAUGAGCCGCCAGUUUUGCCCGAUAGUCGGCUUUCACCCCCCUGCGCGAAGAAUCCCCAGGAGAGGUCGCUUCUCAAGGAAGUGGCAAAAAGCAGCCCGGUUGGCAAGGCGGCCGACCGGUGGGAGGAGCUGGCGAACUACGAGAUCGAAGAGACGCCUCCCUCAAUGUCUUCCCCGCCGGAACCGGGUCCCGCUAAAGAUUCCGCAAAUGUUGCGGAAAGUUCGCCUUCUUCAGAAAGGUCUAGGGGUUCUCUGAGGAGGGAAAGGGAUCCCGGAGGGCUGGCUGCAAGAGCGGACGGAUUGCCGACGGCAAGUUUCGGGGUGGUGGAUAUGGAAGAAGAAAGGCGACCGCAAAAGGAAAGAAGGAAGCGAUGGUCGCCCCCUCCUCCCCCGUCGUCGGAUUACGAGGAAAGUGACCCGUCGCUGGAGGGCCGCGGACUUCGGACAGAACGGACGGAGAGGAUCUACGGGGCGACGCAGGAUGGGGCUUUCGGAUCUGCGGGAAUGGGGCAGGAGGGAGGAGGAAAGACGCAUUUGCGAGAGGGUAGUGCAAGCAGGCAUCGUCGAAAUAACGCCCGGCGCUCCAAAAGGGAAGCCUCCUUUGGGUCCGCAUCGGAUUUGGACGGUUCGGAAGAAGGGUCCGGAGAGCGUCACGGUCCGAAUGAUCGGAUGUGCCCAACUCCAACUUGGAAGAAACGUGCCCCAGAACUGUCCUUUUCAGAUUCGGAGUCUUCGGAUGAAAGUUUGGGGGCGGGGCUUGCUUCUCCAGGGGGCAGAAGCACGGGUGAGGAGGAGCCCCCCGAAUCGAAGGAGAGCCUAAAGCAGUCGAGUUCGCUAGAGAAAGCGGCGGGGCGGCGGUUGAGGAAAGUCGGAGGGGGGCAGCCCAUUCCGGGGCACUGCACGCUUCCGCUCUUCUCAAGAGCCCAACCGGAAAGAGAACGGUCGGGGCACCGGAAUAGCCCCUCGGAGCAAGACGGCGACGUCCUGGGGGGGUCUUUUGAGGAGUACACCGAGGGGGGGUCACCCGGGUGGGAACCCCGGGGCGGGUCGGUUGGUGAAGAGGACCUAAGGGAACGUCCGCAUCGGCGUGACGGGCAGGAGGGCAGCGUCAGCUCGAGAGAAACCAAUCCAGGGGGUUCGGAUCGCCUGGGCAGGGAACCCCCCGGGGCCCGGCAGCUCUGUGACCUGUGCGUUUCGUCGACGAACUACCGGGGCGAAGAUAAGCUGCGGCUGAAGCGCAUGAUUACGGAGCUGGGUAUGAAAUACACGGACGAUUUCGGGCGGGGUAAUACGCACCUGGUGUGCUGGAGUUUCGAGGGGGGGAAGUUCGAGAAAGCGAAAUACUGGGGGAUCCCCCAGGUGAACCACCGGUGGGUGGAGGACUGCGCGUGGCGGCGGGAGGUGGUGCCGGUAGACGACUACUGCGACAAAGCCGGAGAGGAUGUCGGGCCCCUCCCUGAGACGCAGCCCUCGCUCUCUCCCUCCCAGCCAUACAUUUCAUCACCCCCUCUCCCAUCUCAACCGGGCCCUAAUGCCCCAGCCAAUGACGGCGUGCCAGCUGGCGAGCAAAGAGCCGCCGGCGAGCAGCCGGCUAGAUUGUCGGACGAUGACGGGGAACUGGACGGUUCAGAAACGGACGGUGACGGACGGGCCAGAGGGCUCGAGACGUCCGAAAGCGAAGGGGGAAGCGAUCUUUUCAGGGGGGGUGCCGCUAGACCCGCCAGGCCCUGGGCGCCCCCCUCGCCGCCCCCCCUGGAAGAAAGUCUGCUGGAUUUCGAGGAGUGGAAGCGGCGGAACGUGGCGAAGAGUGAGGGGCGGGGACCGCUCUUGGGGAGCGGAGUCCGGCGGAACGAAAGGGAAGCGAAGGGGAGUGAUGAAGCUCGGAGGUUUGAUUUGUUGGUGGGAGAUGAAGGAGAGUCGGACGAGGAUGUGAUUGAGGAGACUGGGAGACUUGGGGCCAGGAGAGAAAGAGGGAGUCGAAAGCGGGGGACUCCUAGACGCUCCGAACCCGGAGGGCGCGAGGAGGACGAGCGGGGGAAGCGGAAGAGGUUCCGGAAGAGCAGCCUCUCGGAACAGCUGUGCUCGAGCUCCGGUUCCGGAGACAGCGAGCGGAACGAGUACGAUCCGGACCGGAACGGGGGCUUCGGAGCGGAAGGCCCGAGGCCGGGUGCGUUUAGCGUUGGGAGAAUGGUGUAUGAGGAGAGGAACCGCGAUGGGGGGUUGGAUCUAGAGGAAGAAGAGGACUGUGUUGAAGUGCCAGGGGGCGAAAGAAGGAGGCCCCUCAAACGGCUGAAAAAGCUGAAGCUCACGAAAGAAGAGAAGCGGAAAGAAGGAAAUCUGCAAGGGGGCAGGGGAGGGGGGUCACGACCGGGGGAAAACAAUCGAAGGCAGGGAGCAGCGGCGACGGGCUGGAAAGAGUUCGAUCCGAAAGAUUGGGUCGACUGGAACAGCGGCGAGAGGCCUCAGGAAGUGAGCGGGCAGAAUUUGAGAGAGGCUGGAUAUGGCAUUGUAGAUGAACGGGGGGGGGGAAGUGGAGGUGGCGGGGUUGAACGACCGGAGCAGAGGAGCUCACAUCUAGACUGGCCAGGUGGGGUGUUUGCUGCUGAAGGGAAUUUUGAAGGUCUGGGUAUGACGCAAGAAAACGGUCGAGCUUUCGGGGGGGCCAAUUUGAUACGGGGAGAGAACCCAGAGGCGGCACGGGGCCAGUUUGGAGUAACUGGCGUUGAAGCAGGGGGUAGAACCACGGAACAAAGACCGGUGUCUGGGGGACACGUGUCACACUCCCAGCAAUGGGAAGGUGACGUCAACCUUGCCAGCCUCCCCUCCAGCGAGCACCCACUGCAUCUACCGAGAGCGGCUGAGACUGCGCGGGAGCCGUCCGAUCGUUCGGAUCGACGGCCGCGAACGUCCGACGGACACGCUUCGCAGCCGGCUGUCAAACAGCGCACGCUCGACAACGUCUGGGCGAAAGCGGGGGCGAGCUUGCGGGACGACCGACCCCCCCGGAAGAAGCGCCGCGGUGCGCCGGAGGGUUUCGCGGGCGCGGCCGCGUCGGCUCGGCACGCGCAGGCCACAGGCGGAGUGACACGUGUCAACCAUGCGGAUAUGACACGUGGCAAUUACUUGAAGACGCCACCUGGCAGCACGACGCCUGUCCCCGUUAGGACGCCGCAGCAGGAGCAGAACGGGAUAGCGAGGAAGUUGGCGUUGUUGUCGCCGGGCGGGGAGGUCGCGUGCGCGAUCUGCUGGGAGGCUCGCGCGAGCGCGGAGCAGGGGGUACUGCCGUGCGGGCACGGGUUCUGCUACCACUGCGUCAUGAAGUGGGCCAAGGAGGAAGUGAACGUGGACGUGAACGGGAAACCGACGCUGCUUUCCAAGUGGAAGGCGGAGGCGAAGUGUCCGCUGUGCAAAAUGCCGUACGACUUCGUAACCAAGCGCCACGCGCCCGACAGCGAGGGCGUCACUUUGGAGGACGAAGUUGUGCAGCUCCCAGCGGGGACGUUCGCGGAUCUAGGGGGGUUCGCUCCUGUGAGCGCCCCACCUUCCGCAGGCAUGUCCGAGCAGCGCCCGGUGCCCCGAGCACCGGGCGCUUACGCCCGAGGAAACCGCGGCCGGGGCAUCUCCAGGGGUCCAAGCGGACCAAGGGUCCGCACGGACGGAAACGGCACAGAGCGCGCGCGCGUGGGCGCUCCGGCCGCGGGUAUGGACCCGUGGUUCGGGCGCUUCUUGGCGGGGCAACAGACGGGAGCCCAGCGGGGGGCUCAGAGUCUGCGGCGGACCUUGCCGCACGCAGGACCGGGGUAGACCGGAAAGUAGCGGCAAUAGCGCUACGAGAGAGUCCCGGAACGCGGUAACAAUUCGGUGCAACGUUGUCAGUAAUUCAGGUCAACGAUGUUGCCGAUCGGAGUUUGGCAGUAUGAUGUCUCUUCUCUUGUCUCGAUUCGGAUCGGCGCAUGACAAGCCCUUCUGCAAACCUCCGUGCGUCCGCAAGCCCAAGUCUGGCCACAAGCGUGACUAAACUCCUGAGCAAGCUCGUUAAUUCAAGCGAUCGUGAAGUACCUUAUUCGUCUCAGACAUUCCUUCGCCUUACUGAUAUGACGAGCUGUAAUGCUUUGCAUCCUGGUUUAACG